AUGCACUGUCCGAUGGUAGCUGGGGGAGGCACGGGGUGGGAGAAGGGGCUUCAGGGGAGAGGAGGGAUGGAUGGGGGGUGCAGUGCCCUCACUCACCCCGUAGGGGUCGUGGCAGCGGUAGCCUCACUCACCUCGUGGGGGUCGUGGCGGCGGUACCCUCACUCACAUCGUGGGGGUCGUGGCAGCGGUACCCUCACUCACCUCGUGGGGGUCGUGGCAGCGGUACCCUCACUCACCUCGUGGGGGUCGUGGCAGCGGUACCCUCACUCACCUCGUGGGGGUCGUGGCGGCGGUACCCUCACUCACAUCGUGGGGGUUGUGGCAGCGGUACCCUCACUCACCUCGUGGAGGUCGUGGCAGCGGUACCCUCACUCACCUCGUGGGGGUCGUGGCGGCGGUACCCUCACUCACCUCGUGGGGGUCGUGGCAGCGGUACCCUCACUCACCUCGCGGGGGUCGUGGCAGCGGUACCCUCACUCACCUCGUGGGGGUCGUGGCGGCGGCGGUACCCUCACUCACCUCGUGGGGGUCGUGGCAGCGGUACCCUCACUCACCUCGUGGGGGUCGUGGCAGCGGUACCCUCACUCACCUCGUGGGGGUCGUGGCGGCGGCGGUACCCUCACUCACCUCGUGGGGGUCGUGGCAGCGGUACCCUCACUCACCUCGUGGGGGUCGUGGCAGCGGUACCCUCACUCACCUCGUGCGGGUCGUGGCAGCGGUACCCUCACUCACCUCGUGGGGCUCGUGGCAGCGGUACCCUCACUCACCUCGUGGGGCUCGUGGCAGCGGUACCCUCACUCACCUCGUGGGGGUCGUGGCAGCGGUACCCUCACUCACCUCGUGGGGGUCGUGGCAGCGGUACCCUCACUCACCUCGUGGGGGUCGUGGUGGCGGUACCCUCACUCACCUCGUGGGGGUCGUGGCGGCGGUACCCUCACUCACAUCGUGGGGGUCGUGGCAGCAGUACCCUCACUCACCUCGUGGAGGUCGUGGCAGCGGUACCCUCACUCACCUCGUGUGGGUCGUGGCGGCGGUACCCUCACUCACCUCGUGGGGGUCGUGGCAGCAGUACCCUCACUCACCUCGUGGGGGUCGUGGCAGCGGUACCCUCACUCACCUCGUGGGGGUCGUGGCAGCGGUACCCUCACUUACCUCGUGGGGGUCGUGGCGGCGGCAGUACCCUCACUCACCUCGUGGGGGUCGUGGCAGCGGUACCCUCACUCACCUCGUGGGGGUCGUGGCAGCGGUACCCUCACUCACCUCGUGGGGCUCGUGGCAGCGGUACCCUCACUCACCUCGUGGGGGUCGUGGCAGCGGUACCCUCACUCACCUCGUGGGGGUCGUGGCAGCGGUACCCUCACUCACCUCGUGGGGGUCGUGGCAGCGGUACCCUCACUCACCUCGUGGGGGUCGUGGUGGCGGUACCCUCACUCACCUCGUGGGGGUCGUGGCAGCGGUAUCCUCACUCACCUCGUGGGGGUCGUGGCAGCGGUAACCUCACUCACCUCGUGGGGGUCGUGGCGGCGGUACCCUCACUCACCUCGUGGGGGUCGUGGCAGCGGUACCCUCACUCACCUCUUGGGGGUCGUGGCAGCGGUACCCUCACUCACCUCGUGGGGGCCGUGGCAGCGGUACCCUGACUCACCUCGUGGGGGUCGUGGCAGCGGUACCCUCACUCACCUCGUGGAGGUCGUGGCAGCGGUACCCUCACUCACCUCGUGGGGGUCGUGGCAGCGGCACCCACCCUCACUCAACUCGUGGGGGUCGUGGCAGCGGUACCCUCACUCACCUCGUGGGGGUCAUGGCAGCGGCACCCUCACUCACCUCGUGGGGGUCGUGGCAGCGGUACCCUCACUCACCUCGUGGGGGUCGUGGCAGCGGUACCCUCACUCACCUCGUGGGGGUCGUGGCGGCAAUACCCUCACUCACCUCGUGGGGGUCGUGGCGGCGGCGCGGUACCCUCACUCACCUCGUGGGGGUCGUGGCGGCGGUACCCUCACUCACAUCGUGGGGGUCGUGGCAGCGGUACCCUCACUCACCUCGUGGGGGUCGUGGCAGCGGUACCCUCACUCACCUCGUGGGGGUCGUGGCAGCGGUACCCUCACUCACCUCGUGGGGGUCGUGGCGGCAAUACCCUCACUCACUUCGUGGGGGUCGUGGCGGCGGCGGUACCCUCACUCACCUCGUGGGGGUCGUGGCAGCGGUACCCUCACUCACCUCGUGAGGGUCGUGGCGGCGGUACCCUCACUCACCUCGUGGGGGUCGUGGCAGCGGUACCCUCACUCACCUCGUGGGGGUCGUGGCGGCGGUACCCUCACUCACCUCGUGGGGGUCGUGGCAGCGGUACCCUCACUCACCUCGUGGGGGUCGUGGCAGCGGUACCCUCACUCACCUCGUGGGGGUCGUGGCGGCGGCGGUACCCUCACUCACCUCGUGGGGGUCGUGGCAGCGGUACCCUCACUCACCUCGUGGGGGUCGUGGCGGCGGCGGUACCCUCACUCACCUCGUGGGGCUCGUGGCAGCGGUACCCUCACUCACCUCGUGGGGGUCGUGGCAGCGGUACCCUCACUCACCUCGUGGGGGUCGUGGCAGCGGUACCCUCACUCACCUCGUGGGAGUCGUGGCAGCGGUACCCUCACUCACCUCGUGGGGGUCGUGGUGGCGGUACCCUCACUCACCUCGUGGGGGUCGUGGCAGCGGUAUCCUCACUCACAUCGUGGGGGUCGUGGCAGCGGUACCCUCACUCACCUCGUGGGGGUCGUGGCAGCGGUACCCUCACUCACCUCGUGGGGGUCGUGGCAGCGGUACCCUCACUCACCUCGUGGGGGUCGUGGCGGCAAUACCCUCACUCACCUCGUGGGGGUCGUGGCGGCGGCGGUACCCUCACUCACCUCGUGGGGGUCGUGGCAGCGGUACCCUCACUCACCUCGUGGGGGUCGUGGCGGCGGUACCCUCACUCACCUCGUGGGGGUCGUGGCAGCGGUACCCUCACUCACCUCGUGGGGGUCGUGGCGGCGGUACCCUCACUCACCUCGUGGGGGUCGUGGCAGCGGUACCCUCACUCACCUCGUGGGGGUCGUGGCAGCGGUACCCUCACUCACCUCGUGGGGGUCGUGGCGGCGGCGGUACCCUCACUCACCUCGUGGGGGUCGUGGCAGCGGUACCCUCACUCACCUCGUGGGGGUCGUGGCGGCGGCGGUACCCUCACUCACCUCGUGGGGCUCGUGGCAGCGGUACCCUCACUCACCUCGUGGGGGUCGUGGCAGCGGUACCCUCACUCACCUCGUGGGGGUCGUGGCAGCGGUACCCUCACUCACCUCGUGGGAGUCGUGGCAGCGGUACCCUCACUCACCUCGUGGGGGUCGUGGUGGCGGUACCCUCACUCACCUCGUGGGGGUCGUGGCAGCGGUAUCCUCACUCACCUCGUGGGGGUCGUGGCAGCGGUACCCUCACUCACCUCGUGGGGGUCGUGGCAGCGGUACCCUCACUCACCUCUUGGGGGUCGUGGCAGCGGUACCCUCACUCACCUCGUGGGGGCCGUGGCAGCGGUACCCUGACUCACCUCGUGGGGGUCGUGGCAGCGGUACCCUCACUCACCUCGUGGAGGUCUUGGCAGCGGUACCCUCACUCACCUCGUGGAGGUCGUGGCAGCGGUACCCUCACUCACCUCGUGGGGGUCGUGGCAGCGGCACCCACCCUCACUCACCUCGUGGGGGUCGUGGCAGCGGUACCCUCACUCACCUCGUGGGGGUCGUGGCAGCGGUACCCUCACUCACCUCGUGGGGGUCAUGGCAGCGGCACCCUCACUCACCUCGUGGGGGUCGUGGCAGCGGUACCCUCACUCUCCUCGUGGGGGUCGUGGCAGCGGUACCCUCACUCACCUCGUGGGGGUCGUGGCGGCAAUACCCUCACUCACCUCGUGGGGGUCGUGGCAGCGGCGGUACCCUCACUCACCUCGUGGGGGUCGUGGCAGCGGUACCCUCACUCACCUCGUGGGGGUCGUGGCGGCGGCGGUACCCUCACUCACCUCGUGGGGCUCGUGGCAGCGGUACCCUCACUCACCUCGUGGGGGUCGUGGCAGCGGUACCCUCACUCACCUCGUGGGGGUCGUGGCAGCGGUACCCUCACUCACCUCGUGGGGGUCGUGGCAGCGGUACCCUCACUCACCUCGUGGGGGUCGAUGGCGGUACCCUCACUCACCUCGUGGGGGUCGUGGCAGCGGUAUCCUCACUCACCUCGUGGGGGUCGUGGCGGCGGUACCCUCACUCACAUCGUGGGGGUCGUGGCAGCGGUACCCUCACUCACCUCGUGGGGGUCGUGGCAGCGGUACCCUCACUCAUCUCGUGGGGGUCGUGGCGGCGGUACCCUCACUCACCUCGUGGGGUCGUGGCAGCGGUACCCUCACUCACCUCGUGGGGGUCGUGGCAGCGGUACCCUCACUCACCUCGUGGGGGUCGUGGCAGCGGUACCCUCACUCACCUCUUGGGGGUCGUGGCAGCGGUACCCUCACUCACCUCGUGGGGGCCGUGGCAGCGGUACCCUGACUCACCUCGUGGGGGUCGUGGCAGCGGUACCCUCACUCACCUCGUGGAGGUCGUGGCAGCGGUACCCUCACUCACCUCGUGGAGGUCGUGGCAGCAGUACCCUGACUCACCUCGUGGGGGUCGUGGCAGCGGUACCCUCACUCACCUCGUGGAGGUCGUGGCAGCGGUACCCUCACUCACCUCGUGGGGGUCGUGGCAGCGGCACCCACCCUCACUCACCUCGUGGGGGUCGUGGCAGCGGUACCCUCACUCACCUCGUGGGGGUCGUGGCAGCGGUACCCUCACUCACCUCGUGGGGGUCAUGGCAGCGGCACCCUCACUCACCUCGUGGGGGUCGUGGCAGCGGUACCCUCACUCACCUCGUGGGGGUCGUGGCAGCGGUACCCUCACUCACCUCGUGGGGGUCGUGGCGGCAAUACCCUCACUCACCUCGUGGGGGUCGUGGCGGCGGCGGUACCCUCACUCACCUCGUGGGGGUCGUGGCAGCAGUACCCUCACUCACCUCGUGGGGGUCGUGGCAGCGGUACCCUCACUCACCUCGUGGGGGUCAUGGCAGCGGCACCCUCACUCACCUCGUGGGGGUCGUGGCAGCGGUACCCUCACUCACCUCGUGGGGGUCGUGGCAGCGGUACCCUCACUCACCUUGUGGGGGUCGUGGCGGCAAUACCCUCACUCACCUCGUGGGGGUCGUGGCGGCGGCGGUACCCUCACUCACCCCGUAGGGGUCGUGGCAGCGGUACCCUCACUCACCUCGUGGGGGUCGUGGCAGCGGUACCCUCACUCACCUCGUGGGGGUCGUGGCGGCGGUACCCUCACUCACAUCGUGGGGGUCGUGGCAGCGGUACCCUCACUCACCUCGUGGGGGUCGUGGCAGCGGUACCCUCACUCACCUCGUGGGGGUCGUGGCAGCUGUACCCUCACUCACCUCGUGGGGGUCGUGGCGGCAAUACCCUCACUCACUUCGUGGGGGUCGUGGCGGCGGCGGUACCCUCACUCACCUCGUGGGGGUCGUGGCAGCGGUACCUUCACUCACCUCGUGAGGGUCGUGGCGGCGCUACCCUCACUCACCUCGUGGGGGUCGUGGCAGCGGUACCCUCACUCACCUCGUGGGGGUCGUGGCGGCGGUACCCUCACUCACCUCGUGGGGGUCGUGGCAGCGGUACCCUCACUCACCUCGUGGGGGUCGUGGCAGCGGUACCCUCACUCACCUCGUGGGGGUCGUGGCGGCGGCGGUACCCUCACUCACCUCGUGGGUGUCGUGGCAGCGGUACCCUCACUCACCUCGUGGGGGUCGUGGCGGCGGCGGUACCCUCACUCACCUCGUGGGGCUCGUGGCAGCGGUACCCUCACUCACCUCGUGGGGGUCGUGGCAGCGGUACCCUCACUCACCUCGUGGGGGUCGUGGCAGCGGUACCCUCACUCACCUCGUGGGGGUCGUGGCAGCGGUACCCUCACUCACCUCGUGGGGGUCGUGGCAGCGGUACCCUCACUCACCUCGUGGGGGUCGUGGCAGCGGUACCCUCACUCACCUCGUGGGGGUCAUGGCAGCGGCACCCUCACUCACCUCGUGGGGGUCGUGGCAGCGGUACCCUCACUCACCUCGUGGGGGUCGUGGCAGCGGUACCCUCACUCACCUCGUGGGGGUCGUGCCGGCAAUACCCUCACUCACCUCGUGGGGGUCGUGGCGGCGGCGGUACCCUCACUCACCUCGUGGGGGUCGUGGCAGCGGUACCCUCACUCACCUCGUGGGGGUCGUGGUGGCGGUACCCUCACUCACCUCGUGGGGGUCGUGGCAGCGGUAUCCUCACUCACCUCGUGGGGGUCGUGGCAGCGGUACCCUCACUCACCUCCUGGGGGUCGUGGCGGCGGUACCCUCACUCACCUCGUGGGGGUCGUGGCAGCGGUACCCUCACUCACCUCGUGGGGGUCGUGGCAGCGCGGUACCCUCACUCACCUCGUGGAGGUCGUGGCAGCGGUACUCUCACUCACCUCAUGGGGGUCGUGGCAGCGGUACCCUGACUCACCUCGUGGGGGUCGUGGCAGCGGUACCCUCACUCACCUCGUGGAGGUCGUGGCAGCGGUACCCUCACUCACCUCGUGGGGGUCGUGGCAGCGGCACCCACCCUCACUCACCUCGUGGGGGUCGUGGCAGCGGUACCCUCACUCACCUCGUGGGGGUCGUGGCAGCGGUACCCUCACUCACCUCGUGGGGGUCAUGGCAGCGGCACCCUCACUCACCUCGUGGGGGUCGUGGCAGCGGUACCCUCACUCACCUCGUGGGGGUCGUGGCAGCGGUACCCUCACUCACCUCGUGGGGGUCGUGCCGGCAAUACCCUCACUCACCUCGUGGGGGUCGUGGCGGCGGCGGUACCCUCACUCACCUCAUGGGGGUCGUGGCAGCGGUACCCUCACUCACCUCGUGGGGGUCGUGGCAGCGGUACCCUCACUCACCUCGUGGGGGUCGUGGCAGCGGUACCCUCACUCACCUCGUGGGGGUCGUGGCAGCGGUACCCUCACUCACCUCGUGGGGGUCGUGGCAGCGGUACCCUCACUCACCUCGUGGGGGCCGAGGCGGCGACGGUACCCUCACUCACCUCAUGGGGGUCGUGGCAGCGGUACCCUCACUCACCUCGUGGGGGUCGUGGCAGCGGUACCCUCACUCACCUCGUGGGGGUCGUGGCAGCGGUACCCUCACUCACCGCGUGGGGGUCGUGGUAGCGGUACCCUCACUCACCUCGUGGGGGUCGUGGCAGCGGUACCCUCACUCACCUCGUGGGGGUCAUGGCAGCGGUACCCUCACUCACCUCGUGGGGGUCGUGGCAGCGGUACCCUCACUCACCUCGUGGGGGUCGUGGCAGCGGUACCCUCACUCACCUCGUGGGGGUCGUGGCAGCGGUACCCUCACUCACCUCGUGGGGGUCGUGGCAGCGGUACCCUCACUCACCUCGUGGGGGUCGUGGCAGCGGUACCCUCACUUACCUCGUGGGCGUCGUGGCAGCGGUACCCUCACUCACCUCGUGGGGGUCGUGGCGGCGGCGGUACCCUCACUCACCUCGUGGGGGUCGUGGCAGCGGUACCCUCACUCACCUCGUGGGGGUCGUGGCAGCGGUACCCUCACUCACCUCGUGGGGGUCGUGGCAGCGGUAUCCUCACUCACCUCGUGGGGGCCGAGGCGGCAACGGUACCCUCACUCACCUCAUGGGGGUCGUGGCGGCAAUACCCUCACUCACCUCGUGGGGGUCGUGGCGGCGGCGGUACCCUCACUCACCUCGUGGGGGUCGUGGCAGCGGUACCCUCACUCACCUCGUGGGGGUCGUGGCAGCGGUACCCUCACUCACCUCGUGGGGGUCGUGGCAGCGGUACCCUCACUCACCUCGUGCGGGUCGUGGCAGCAGUACCCUCACUCACCUCGUGGGGGUCGUGGCAGCGGUACCCUCACUCACCUCGUGGGGGUCGUGGCAGCGGUACCCUCACUCACCUCGUGCGGGUCGUGGCAGCGGUACCCUCACUCACCUCGUGGGGGUCGUGGCAGCGGUACCCUCACUCACCUCGUGGGGGUCGUGGCGGCAAUACCCUCACUCACCUCGUGGGGGUCGUGGCGGCGGCGGAACCCUCACUCACCUCGUGGGGGUCGUGGCAGCGGUACCCUCACUCACCUCGUGGGGGUCGUGGCAGCGGUACCCUCACUCACCUCGUGGGGGUCGUGGCAGCGGUACCCUCACUCACCUCGUGGGGGUCGUGGCAGCGGUACCCUCACUCACCUCGUGGGGGUCGUGGCAGCGGUACCCUCACUCACCUCGUGGGGGUCGUGGCGGCGUAA